AUGAAAAAAGGAACCCCCUUCAAAUGGGAGAUAGAAUGCGAAGAAGCUUUCCAACACUUCAAAAGGGUCCUAGCGGAACCUCCAAUCCUCGCAAAACCUCAAACAGGGGAAACACUAUACCUGUACCUCUCCAUAACGGAAGAAGCAAUCGCAGCAGCACUCGUCCGGGAAAACGAGAAAAAGGAACAAAAACCCAUAUACUUCAUAAGCAAGGUCCUACAGGACACAGAAGCUCGCUAUUCACGCUUAGAAAAGCUAGCUUUCGCACUCCUCUCGGCUUCCCGACGGCUACGACAAUACUUCCAAGCUCACCCCAUAACGGUCCGAACCGACCAAGCGGUCAAACAAGUAUUACAAAAACCCGACCUAGUAGGAAGAAUGCUAGCAUGGUCCAUCGAGUUAUCCCAAUUCCAGAUCAGGUUCGAACCACGAAACGCCAUCAAAGCGCAGGCCUUGACCGACUUCAUCGCUGAAAUGACUCCGAUCAAACUCACCCCCGAACCAUGGAAACUGCACGUCGACGGCUCAUCAAACUCCACUCACGGAGGCGCCGGAAUUAUACUCGAAAACCAAAAUGGGAUCAUAAUUGAACAAUCAAUAAGAUACGACUUUCCAGUAUCAAAUAACCAAGCAGAAUACGAGGCCCUCUUAGCAGGCCUAAACCUAGCCCGGGAAGUCGACGCCAAGGUACUCGAAGUAAAUACCGAUUCCCAGGUAGUAUGCUCCCAAAUCAACGGGAGCUACCAUACCCGGGAUCCCCUACUCCAACAAUACCUCAAUAGAGUGAGUAAAUUGAAGGAAGGAUUCGAAAACAUCACCAUACAACACGUCCCUAGGGAACGAAACGCCAGGGCAGACCUACUCUCCAAACUAGCCAGUACAAAGUCGGGACACGGUAACCGAUCACUGAUUCAGGAGGUCGUUAAGUCGCCUUCCGUAUCGAUAAUAAUCAACACACAUCUAACAUCCUCAAACCGGGAGUCUUGGACGUACCCUAUCCUACAAUACCUCCUCGACGGAACCCUACCACCAGACCCAAAAGAGGAAAGGCGAAUAAAAAGAGAAGCCGCCAACUACACCAUCAUAGCAGGACAGCUAUACAAACGCGGAUUCUCGCAACCCCUACUCAAAUGUAUCGAACCCGGGGACACGGAGUACAUACUCCGCGAGAUCCACGAAGGCUGCUGCGGUCACCACAUCGGAGGAAAAACGCUAGCCCAAAAAAUCAUCAGGGCUGGCUACUUCUGGCCCACAAUCAUUCGAGACUCCGUACAGUUAACAAAAAGCUGCGACAAAUGCCAAAGGCACGCCAAUACCCACCAAGCCGCCCCGCACCAACUCAGCAUUAUCUCGGCAGAACGGCCGUUCGGCAGUUGGGGAAUCGACCUCGUCGGGCCCUUCCCCACAGCACCCGGCCAACUCAGAUAUCUCGUCGUCGCCAUAGACUACUACACCAAAUGGAUUGAAGCUGAGCCCCUAGCCUCCAUAACGGCGACCCAAUGUCGAAAAUUCGUCUGGCGACAGAUCAUUACCCGAUUCGGAAUCCCCGAAGUCAUCAUCUCAGACAACGGAACUCAGUUUACCGACAAAAAAUUCAGAGAACUCCUAGAAGGAUUACGCAUAUCCCAUCGCUUCAGCUCGGUAGAACAUCCCCAAACAAACGGACAGGUGGAAUCCGCCAACAAAAUAAUCGUUAAAGGACUCAAGAAACGGCUCGACGAAGCCAAAGGACUAUGGGCAGAUGAGUUGGGAUCAGUCCUAUGGUCGUACUGA